CACGAGAGAGAAUUCAAAACUGUUCAUUCCAAAAAAGGAUUCAUGCACAACCCCCAUCAGCCCAUAUGAACAAAAUACUCAAACUCUAUUGGGGCGAUAUCGAGUGUUUCACGGUCUCAGACAUAACAUUAGCGUCAAGAUGAUAAUGCUCUAGAGUAUUACCGACCUCUUUUCUUUACUCGUCAAGCUCAUUCCUUAGCUCUUUUGGCUUGUACGUUUCCUCCUCUAGUUCGUUAUCUUCACUUGAGUAUCCAUGGUGAUGUCUCAUCUUUUAACGCACCAAUAUUACCAAUAUCAGCAUGAACCUUAGCCCCCUAACAAAAAUGAUUAUGUGCCAUAAAAUAGAAAAUAACAUAUACAUCCCACCAGCAUCAACAAUAGUAACGACAUAAUGAAAUAAAAUCACCAUUAUUUUUCACUAUGUAAGUUUGUAAGUAAAACUUGUGAUAGUGUUAGUAUGUUGUAGAGUGUUAUGACCCCAUAUCCUCAAAAUUAUAUUCUACCAUAAUUAUUGAUAUGUCACACGAAGUGAAACUGUGAAUUGAAAACUUCAAUCACCAAUGAAAUUCAUGCCAAAGUUAUUCUCUACUUUUUCCGAACUCUAUCGAACAACAUGUGCAAAAUGUCUAAAAUCUAUAAAAGCACAAAAUCAACAUUAUCGUUAUUAACCAAAAAAGAAAAAUAAAAUUAUAACGAAUUUAGAAAAAUAAAAACUCAAAAUUACGACUAAACCGAUGACCAAAUCUAAAUACCAUAAUUCGAUGAAUAAAUAUUAAAUUAUUUGACAAAUUAAACCAAAUAUCAUAUAGGGAUGACAAUGGAUCGAAUUUCUCUAAACUCAAACUCAACCCAACGAGUACACCAUAAAAAAUACAGUUAAAUAUUGACCGAGUUUUAGAAGAGAAAACGCAACCCACCGACACACACUGAUGCAUGAGUACCAGUGGUUUCACAAACAUAACCGCACAUUAGUUCUCUGAACACACAAAUCGUAAUAUUUAUCGAAAAUUUCCUACAAAUAUAUUUCAAUAAAGACUAGUAACAUCCGUUAUUAUCCAUAUUGUUAGGAAGAUACGUCAUAAAGACUAAUAACAUCCACAAAUUAGCAAUAUUAUUAAGGUUAAGCACAAAAAGCGUCGUUUGCUUUCUGGGUGCGGGUCGAAUGGAAGUGGGUUGGUUUUGACAAAAAUCAAACCAACUCGCCAACUUUAAAAAAAGAAAAUCCGCACCCAAUCCAAAAAUCCGUCAACAUUGAAUUUUACUCGCUUUAACUGAGUCGAAUCGAAUUGAUUACCAUGAAUCUCAAUUCAAUUGACAUCUCUAAUCAUAUACACUAUGAAACCAACACCAAAACCAACUCAAGAACUGCGUAGCAUAGUAACUCGUAUCAGCCAUCUUGACAAAAUGAUAAUAAGUGAUAAGCAAAGCAAUUAAGAAGUGAUGAGAGUGUUUGUAGUCAAUUUGAAACUAGAUGUAAGCUAUAAGUACAUUAAUACUGCUUUAGGAUCAUAUUGAGAGUAAUAAUUUUCGGGGGGUAGAAAACCAUAUUUGUAUCAUUUGCCUACAGUAAUAUGUUUCUUCCUUUUCUUCCAAUAAAUACAAUUAUCAUUUAUCUAGGAAAAGAAGUGCCAAAGAAGAGAAGGGUUGAACCAAAAAGUGGUUGGUUAGUCAGGUAGACAAGGCAUAUCCCCACACUGAUGUCCAUCCCUUGUCCCUUUUGUUGCAAACAUGCAAUCCCACUUUGCCUAAAAGAAUGCCUAAUCUAAUUACCUAAGAUGGUGACAAACAUAGUGUUUCAGAUUGUUCUAAAUCAAUAAUUUAAUCCAAUCCCCCAAACAAAACAAUCAUAAGUUCACAGUAAAGUAAAAGAGAAACCCAUUUCACACCUCCACUCCACCCAAAAGUUAAAAACAAAAGAGAAGCUCUCUCUCUCUAUCUCUAUAUAUAGCUGUCUCGAGUCCAUUGAAGUAGUAAAGCAAAUAUAAUUAAGGCAUUAGCAUAAAAUGAGGAAAGCACAACCACAUUGCAUGAUAGUUUUGCAGCAUCAUAAUAACAGUUAAUGCCGUAUUAUGGUGCCUCUCCUCUUGCUUUUUCCUUCUUCUUUUUGGUGUGUGAGAGAGAGAGAGAGAGCAGAAGGAAUUAUGUUAACGUUAAUAUUACCUCAUGAACACGUUAAAAAUCCACCCUGGUAAUUCCAGCAUUUUCAAAUCUCUCUAAAACCUGCAAAGUUAAAAGGGUUGCUCAGUCAUUUCAUGCCCAAACAUUAAAAACAAAGAAAAAGCAAUAGGAAAUCUACGAUUGGAAGUAUAUGUAAGCAUAUAUAGCAGAUAUGGCUUUUUUUUAUUUUGCAUGAACGAGCUCCACGAGGGGCCUGGAACUUAAAUGACAGAUUUGCCCCUUUUGGAGAUGGAAAAAAAAGGAGAAAAGAGACGCACACUCUGGCAUAAGGCCAUGAUGUUUCACGUUAAGGCACUCAUUACCCAUUUCACCCUCUCUUCUCUUCUCCCCCAUCUCCUAAUUAUUUCAACCCACCCUCUUCCUCUCUUAUUAGAUAUGGUGGCAGCCAAGCAAAAUGGUGCUUUUAGUUUUAACCUUAUGAUGCCAUGCUUAUAAUUACAAUUACAAUGAUUAUCAUCAUACUAAUAACGUAAAACAAAACACCAUCAACCAUAAUAACUCACAAAAAACCAAAACCAGAGGGGGGAAAAACUGCCAACGAGACUCAUGUUUUGUAUGUAAUGUAGCUAGCUAUACAUGUCUUUUCGAGUUCCUACCUGCUGCACAUAAUAUUGUUCCAUCCCAUGUAUAUAAUGUGAGUGAGUUUAAUCCAACAUAACCCUAAAAAACCCAUUAUGAUGAUCCAGUCCAAGGACUUUGAACUAUUCAUGAGAAAUCUAAAGUGAUACAUAGAGUAUAGGCAUUAAUAGAUGAAGACCAUACUUUUGGGUAUAGCAAAAAUUGGUGUACAAUAAAACCACCAAACUUUUGGUUGUACCCUUUGCCCUCUCUCUCUCUCUCUCUCUCUCUCUCGUUCAGAAAUGGUUCAAAAAAAGAUAUUACAGCAAAAGAAGAAAUCAUAAUUAUUACCCACAGUUGCCAAACCAAGAAAUAAUAUGGGAAAGUGGCAAACUAAAGGGUCCAAAACUGUAAUGGAGUGGAAGAAGAAGAAGAAGAAGAAGAAGAAGAAGAAGAAGAGUUAAUGAUGGGAAAUGGUGAAGAUGGGUUAAUGUGUGUGUGUGUGGUGAUGAUGGUUAGAACCAAUCCAAACCAUCAUUGCGAAUCUUGGGACGGCACCUAGCCAAGCCACCCCACCAUCAUUUUUUUUCUCUCUUUUUUAUUUUAUUUAUUUUUAUCUUUUUUACAGAGAUGGAUUUUUCUUUAGGCCCCCAAAUAUCCAUAAUUGUCCCUCUAAUGUCAAUAAUAAUGGCAGCUCUCUGUGACCAAAAUGCCCCUCCUCUCUUCACCACCAUCAUCAUUCACAUGACCUCAUAUCCUUCAUCAUCAUUCACAACACAACAGAGAACAUCCUUCUUCUAGUUCUAACCUCACGAGAAAUAAAAACAACAAUGGCAAGAAAGGAAGAAAAUGUAACAUUGAAUUUUUUUUUUUGGGGUCUUAACCGGCCGCCUUCCAUGCUUACACAUGCAUGAUUGUUGUGUCAGGGAAGAGAAGCAUGUCCCCUCUUCUCUCUCUCUCUCUCUCUCGAAGGGCAGCCAGACAGCCAUCUCUCCCUAUUCCAUUCCAGCUUUUGGCUCUAUAUAAUAACCACUUCUCGUUUGUUCCCUUUGUCCCUCACUUCCCUUUUCCCAUUCCUCCACAGAUAUCUCUGUUCUAAACUCUCCACUAACGUGCUUACUUACUACUGCCAAACAAACAAACUAGCAGCAAAGAAAGAAAGAAAACAGCAGCAGCCACCCAGCCAGAGAGCUUCUUCGCAGCUCCUAACAAGGCUAUCUAACCAACAACAAAAGGUGAUCUUUUUUGAAAAUAUAAAGAGAGGAAAAGGCAACCCGACCCCACCUCUCUCUCCCUCCCUCUUAUAGUUAUACUACAUUCUUCUUGCUCCUUUGCACAAACAAAGAAAGAAAGGAUAAACUCCGUAUGGUCGUCUAUAUUGGUGGUACUACUUCUCUUUGUGUCUGGUGUGAAAAGGGCUCUUCAGAUUCUGUUAGUUCGACUUCACCAGUUGCUCUACUAGUUUUCUUUGACUUGUCUCUUACUUUAACCUCAGUUUUGAGGAGGUAAUGUCCUAUUUUCUGCUUGUCUGACCUCGUUGGAUUUCCUUCUUUUUUUUAUUUUUAUGCCCUUCUAUAGGAGGAGAAGCCAUUUUUGUUUGAUUCAACGAACUAAAAUUUUGCACCUUUUUAUGGUUCAAAGUUGAGACAGAAGUUUAGUUCACUCUGUAGUUUGAGUCAUUCAUACUAGUCUUUAUUAUCCUUUGCUUACAUGUUUGGCAAACCGAAAGAGACCCCAUUUGUGAUGAGUAUAGAUUUGGACAACCUGUUAUUCCCAUUUCCACCUUUCGUUUUCUGGACAACUCACACUGUGCUCGACAUAUUAAACCCAGUUGGGCCAUUCCAUCAUUUCUCAAUUGGUUCUUACCAUUUCACUUGCUCUGUUUUCCCUCUGUUUCUUGAGUCACUCUGUUUUCCCUGCUUCUUUAUUGCAUUAACUAAUCAGAGGCAGGAAGCGAUCAUUACUCUGCAGUUUAUUGUUUAUUGCAUUUCUUUGAUAACUUCUCUGGUAACUGAAUGGAGAUCAUUCUAUUCUACCUUAGAUUUUGAGUUAUUUAGGAUUGCAUUGAUCAUCUUGUGCUCUUUCGUUCUGUUAUGUAAGCUACUCGUAUUUUAAAUUUGUAGAUAUUCUGGAAACCAUAUCAUUAUUACUGAAUAUAUAUUACAUAGAUAUGCUUUUUAAGAGGUUAGAUAAAUAUGUUACUUUACAAGGAUUUUGCAUCACAAUGUUGUCUCUAUUUGCUGUAUUUUAUUAAAUUAUAGUAUCUAAGAUUCUCCUUUCCGAAUCUCAUAUUUUCUCUUUUUGGGUGUAUUCAGGUUUCAGGAGGGCAUUCAGGCAUUUGGGAAAUAUAACAUAUUUCUGUGCGCUACCAAAUGGACAGACUGAACUCCAAGCUGUACUUGCAGAACUGCUACAUAAUGAAAGAAAAUGAGAGGCUAAGGAAGAAAGCGCAGCUUCUCAACCAGGAGAAUCAGGCACUGCUGUCUGAACUCAAACAGAAGCUCUCUAAGGGAAACCCAAAAGGAAAAUCAUCUAAUAACAAUAUACCUGACCUCAACCUGGGUUCAAGCUCCAACCAGAACCAUGCUAACACCAGCAGUAACUGAUGCUGGCAGCUGCAAGGAGAUUUAGAAGGAGUGGAAGAAGCUGAUAUUAUGACCCUACUAGGAUAAAGGACACCCCUUUUGUGUAAAAUCCAUAGUCUCAACAGUAGUAGUUUGUUCCAGUUUCGGUUAUAUAGGCAAGUAGUAGUGUCUUCCUACCAACGGUUGGUUUACAUUUACUCAUGUUUCCAUGUUUAUUAGCUUAUUAAAUCUAUCUUUUUGGGGGGUUUCAAGUUUUAUGGGCUUCUGAACUAGAAGGUUGUAUCAGGGUUAUCUGUUAGAAAGGAAUGUAAUUUUAACUAUUCUCAUGCUACUUCUCUUUACUUGACUACUUCAAGUUGUCCCCAUGUUUGGACGUAGCUAGCGUAUGUACUGCUGGACUAAAUUACGGUACUAGACCAUGAUUCGUGUAUAUGACUCAACAACUGUAGUAAUCAAGAAAGAAGGCCUCAAAAAACAGGACCGAAAGCUGACUGUGAGACACUGAAAAACCAAAUAAGUAGCUGCUGUUCUGUCUUCUGUCUCACUCAAUUACCAAAUAUUAGCUGCUGUAAUGUUUGAAAAGGAAUCCAAUCCAUUGCCAUUACUGUUGAAAGUUUUGGAUGAGUUAUUCAAACAGAGAAGGAAAAAACAAACAUAUUAACUUGCUUUUGAUUAUUAGUUUUCUAUCAGUUUGCUUUGUACUAUAGGAAUAGGAGUAUGUUGAAUUCUUCAGCAUUGCUUUUAGUUUAACACUUAGUAUUAUAGGCAUGGAAGUCGCCAUUUCAUCACAUGAAGAACCAUCAUAUACACACCUAGAACCACUAGGCUCCUGAGGGGCAUACCUAAAAACUAGAUGAAACGAAGUAUCAAGGAGAGGGCAUGUAGCAGAGAAAAAAUGGUUUGGGAUGAUCACAUUACCCAGGAAGUUCAGCUUAGAACCACUCUACAGUCAUGAAAACUGCACAUGGCUAGAAAAAUAGAGUGUGUAAUUUCUCAGAGUAGAGAAAAUAAAAUAAAAGAACAAAAUGGGGUGGAUAUACUGUCUAGGAUUAGAAAGGGGGCUUUUCAUCUAGAUUCUGUCUGAUGGGAGAGGAAGGAUGUGCAAUAAAAUAAAAGGGCAACG